UUUACAUAACCUCAAUUUUGACAUCAUAAUCUUGAUAAUACAAGACGAUGUUAUUUCUCAGAGCCCUAAUUUCACCCUCUUCUUGCAGUUGUAUCAACUUUGUUCGUCAUGCGAGAAAAAUCGCCGACCCAGGAAUCCGAAAACGCAAAGAAUUACUACAACUCGACGAAACCGAAGACAUUGAAGAUUUCGAAGACUUCGAAACCGAUUUCAUGGAAGUGCACAAGUCUCAUAAACAACACGUUAGAGAAUUGGAAAUUGAGAGGGAAAAAAUGAAGUACCACAUUGUCAAACAGAGAUAUUUCAAAGAAAAGUUCCCGAAUUUUUUAACUUGGCAUGAUAAGGAGCAAAUCCGGUUUUUGCAUGGGACUGAGCCCAAUGAGUGGACGAUUGAACGCUUAUCUGAAAGCUUUCCCGCCCUACCGGAAGUCAUAAAGAAAGUUGUCAAGUCAAACUGGACGAAACCAAGUCAAGAUAAAAUCGCAAACCACGACUCUGGGGUCCGAAACAACUGGAAGUUGUUCAAAGACGGCAAAAUGGGGGAUUUACCCGAGGAUUUAGCCCAACAUUUGAACAAAUUCACAAAUCGGGCACUCGAUUUAAACACAUUUCAAUUACAAAAAGACAAUGUUGUGACUUUUAGGAAGAAAAUCAGGACGGAAUUCUCUGAAAUUAUCACCAGUUAUGAAAAAAACAAUCAUGGAGAGACAGAAGAAGAAAAAAAAUUAGAAUUAAAAGAAAAAAAAUCAAGUGGUAAAAAAUCAAAAAAUGUGACACUUGAGCAACUUCAAAUGAAACUAGUCAAAAGGGCCGAAUCAGGGGGGGAAAUUGACCAAGACGAAAAAUACAUAAUUACUAACGUGAAGAAAGAAGAAAAAAAAGUUGAAAUCAAACAGGAUUUGGUGGAUUUGUCCCAAAAUAAGUACCAAACUGGGGUCCAACACCACAAAAAAGAACCAAAAGACUUGUCUCACUUGAACUACCCUGAAUUCAUCACUAUACCCAAAUCUGUGCAUAAAAAAAGCUCCAUUUACAAACUCAAUGAUUGUUAUUACGACCACGAUGGCGAAUUCUUGUAUCGAGUCCCCGGAAUGUCAUAAAAAAACAAACACAAAUUGUGUAUUUUUUAAUGAAACAAUGUCAAAUCUUAAAAAAAUGACUAGCAUGGUAACAAAAGUUAAGCGCUCCUAAAAUAGUCUAGUUAAGUUACUCAAGACAGAUUCCUUGCACCCAAGAACUCAAAUCGGCGUCCUCUUCGCAAUCUAGCACCAUUUCCUGGGGGGCCCCUGCUUGUAAAACUGUCUGAGCCGCGGUUCUACCUGUUAAGUAGGCCCCGUGAACCGUCGAGUAAAAAUUGCAGUGGGUGUGUUCGCCAGCGAAUAACACCACAGGCUGGAAAAUAAUUAUUAAUUAAUUAAAAAAAUUYAGUUUUGGAAUACUUUAGUUUCCUCCUCGUCGAGGAAUAGGGGUUGGGCUAAACACUCGAUGUCGAUCUGGGAAGCCCCCACGGCUAUCGCGGUGUAGGAGCCUCGGGUGUAGGGUUGGCUGUGCCAGCUUGUGCUAAAAAAUCGAAUUUAAAAAUUGAAUAAAAAAAUUGUGGCAGAAAUUUUCGAAUUGUGGUUUUCUUCGGGUUUAAU